GAAUGAGGAUGAUGAGCACCAUCAGUCACGGUCGAUAUCGUAUAUUAUGCUUAAGCUCUUUCCAGUGGACAAUACAACGCAUAUAUCAUUUCCAAUUGGAGGUAUAUGCCUAUACAAGCAAACGGCAGAGAAUUGAAGAACAAAAUGUCGACAAGCCCACAAGUUGAGUUCGUCUCGAAGGGGACCUACCAUGGCAAGCACGGGGUCCGAGUCAUGCAGCAUCGCCGCCAGGGCGGAACCCACAGCAUCCGGGAAAUCACGGUCAAGACGCUGCUGGGGCUGAACACUCGUAAGGAGUACGUGAACAGUGAUAACUCGGACGUCAUCCCAACGGACUCCCAGAAGAAUACGGUGUACGCACUGGCUAAAGCCAAAGGGAUUACGACUCCAGAGCAGUUCGCCUUGGACCUGUGCCAGCAUUUCAUGGGAAAGUACAACCAGGUCCAGUGGGCCGAGAUCACGGUGGAGGACGCCCCCUGGAGGCGGAUAGUGGACCAGUCCGGUAAGGAGCAUGCGCACGCCUUCAUCCAGACACAGGAAGCCAAGAGAUACUGCGUGGUGAAGCAGGAGAGGAAAGGGCUACCCAUAGUGUGGGCGGGGCUUAGUGAUAUGAGAAUCUUGAAGACUACCCAAUCAGGUUUCGCCGGCUACUUUCAGGACGAGUACACCAGCCUACCAGAGACAGACGAUCGCAUCGUGUGCUCCAACAUCGAAUCCAAGUGGCGCUACUCCAACAUAGUGGGCGUGGACUUUGACAAAACUUGGGAGUUGUGUAAGGUCGCCAUUUUGGACGAAUUCGCUGGACCACCCGAUAUUGGAAGAUUUUCCGCCUCCAUUCAAGAGAUCCUCUACCAGUGCACUCAGAGGAUGAUGAAAAAAGUAGCGGAGGUUGACCAGGUGGAAUUGGAUAUGCCGAACAUUCAUUAUGUAUUUGCAGACCUGAAGAAAAUCGGAAUGGAAAACACGGGAGAGAUCAUAAUGCCCACAUCUGAUCCGUAUGGCAUUAUACGUGUGGCUGUAAGUCGUACACACAGUACUCCCAACUCGCUGUGAGAUUGAUCGAUCGAGCGGGUACAAUGCUCAUGAUGGAUAUAAGGUGCAGGAUUUUAGGAAAAAGUGCAUGCGACAUGUAUUCUCAAUAUUAUUAAAGAUGGAUAUAACAGUUUAAAAUAAUACGAGAAAAAAAUUGAGAAAUACCUUGAACAUGUUUUGAUUACAUAUUAUUUUUCUCUUGCACUGAAAACGUCCACCAAAGUAUAGUAGCCUAUUAAGUUUGUGAAAAUAUACAAAUCGUGCGAUAAUGUUAUUCAAUCAAACAUGACUGGUCAAUUAUGUCAUCUUGUUGAACGUUAACAGAGACCAUCGAUUACCAUUGGGACUAUUAAUAAUUCGGUGAUUUCAAUACAGUCAAGUAAUACGAAGAGCCAUCAUUUGGUUAGGAGCAUUAGGUUUUUACUUGUGGUACAGUAUUUUUUUUUUAAUUAUAAUGAAUUUUUAUCCGAGAGAUUACUCUGAUACAUAUAUCGGAAAAUCGAUACUUUUCUUGCUUUGGUUCAGAAACCUGAUCAUGUUGAGCAUAUGCUUGGUAUUAUUUAAGCAACAACAGUUACUGUCCAAAUGAUAUCUGUGUAAUUAUUCGUUAUAGUGUCACUAUUCACCAAUUGCCGCUUGUUUGGUUGUGCCGCGGGUUCGAAUCCCGUAGGUCAUAGUCGUAGCGAAUCGUAGUUUGCUGCAGGUAAAUUAUUCAUUUAUCUAAGUUAACAUGUCAGUUACUUUAAUAAAAUGAUAUACAGUAUUCUUAAUGGAAAUGAUGAGUUGAGUACUUCGAAGAUGGGAUGUGGUCGGCGAAAUAUUAUGAAUUAAAUAUUAUGAAAGAGCCACCGCAUUUCAUUUGCGGAAAAAAAUCCCUCAACAUCAACUGUACGUACUCUAUAAUAAAUAAUUAUGCAUCGUUUCUUUAACAAUAA